GGUAUACGUCACUUCCGUUAGAGGAGGUCACGGGGUCACAUUAUGGCCAAUGGGACGGGCGGAAAGAUCACGCUGCGGUUCUAAGAAGACCAGCUCAGUGUGCUUUUCGUGGAGCUGUGCGGUGUGUGUCGGGAAUGCGUGUGACCAGUCGGGUAAAGGGUUGUGUCCCAUAGCGCGAUGUAGGAGUCUGUCCGGGUAAUCCCUGAGCACUCGCCGCCAGAACACACGGAAGUGAAGUGUGAACCGGGUGUCGCCAGCAGCGGACUGGCAGCGCACGCGGCGCCGGCUAAAAAAGCCUUAGGAGCGCCUCACUCACUCACUCAGUCACUCACUCACUGGCGCUCGGUCCGGCUCCGCUCCGCGUUGCGCUCCUCCAAGUGCGGGACGAGCCGCGAUGCUCCGGAAUUCCGUCUUCGGCCAGAACACGCAGGAUCUGCGGCGGUGGGACUCGGAGGGAGAGUCGUGCGAUUGGCCUCGGCAGGGCUCCGUCCUGCUGCUGACUGAGACUCGGAGAGAGCUCGCUUCUCGCGGGCUCCGCGACACUGACUGAGUGAGAGGAGGGACUCACUGCGCUGAAGGAUCCUCGGAAAAGGGGGCUCCGGCACCGGACGUGGUGCUUCUCGCUCGGAGGCCGCCGAGCAGGAUGAGCGCAAUGAGGGCUGGCGGGGUCACGUGGCAACCGCAGCCCUGGCAGGAUGGCAACGGAGGGGGUGGGGAGCCGCUCUCGGACAGCGACUCGGAGGAGGAAGACUUCCCCGAUGACACCACCACGCCCCUCGGCGACUACAUUACCCACGGGCUGAAGCAGCUCCUGGAUGCUCAGCAGCUGUGUGACGUGACGCUCUUGGUGGAGGGAAAGAAGUUCAUGUGUCACAGAGUUCUUCUGGCUGCUGUGAGCCCGUAUUUCCGCGCCAUGUUCACCAGCCCUCUGGUGGAGUCCCGGCUCGCUGAGAUUCGACUGGAGGAAGUUACGCCCUCCGUCAUGGAGACGGUGAUCCAGUUCAUCUACACUGGUGAGGCGGGUCUCAGCUUGGAUACGGCGGAGGACCUGUUUGUCGCAGCCAACCGGCUUCAGGUGGUACCUCUGCAGGACCUGUGCUCAAGGUUCCUGUUUGAACACCUGUCAGUGGAGAACUGCCUGGGCAUGUACUCCCUGGCGCGCUCGCACCACGACCAGCUUCUGCUGCGUGCCUCCUUGCGCAUGGUGGCUCAGCACUUUCCCCGGGUGGCACGCCAGCGCGACUUCCUGCUGCUAGACCCGGGCACGCUGGGCAGCCUGUUGGCCUCCGACCGCCUCGGGGUGGAGUCGGAGGCGGAGGUUUACGACGCAGCCCGCCGUUGGGCCGAGCACCAGCCCCGCCAGCGCUACCCGCACAUGGCCUCCCUGCUGCAGCACCUGCGACCGGGUCUGCUGGCCCCGGGGGAGAUCCAGCGGCUGAGCCAGGAGCUAGGCACCGAUCCCGGCGUGGGCCUGGGCGGGCCGCUGCGACCGCGCGAGGGCAUGUAUGAGAAGAAGAUAGUUUGCGUGGACCUGAAGCCUCGUGAGGAUGACUCCCUGCGAGAGUCUGACUUCACGGUGGACUGCUUCGAUCCGCGCACAGGCAAGUGGGAGAAGCUGGCGGCGCUGGGCUCGCUGCUGUGUCCAGGCUGCACGGCUGUGGGGGGGCGACUUUUCGUCGUGGGGGGCCUCCUGCGGGGGGGCCAGGUUUCGGCCUCGGUGCACGAGUACGACACGGUGCAGGACUGCUGGCUGCAGAGGCAGUCUCUGGUCCAGCCCCGUGCCAUGCUGGGCCUCCUGGCCUGUGGCAGUACUCUGUAUGCGCUCGGGGGCUGCAACCGGGCUGCGUUGCUGGACUCCUGCGAGACCAUGGACCUGGACUUGCUGCGCUGGGGCCCCGGACCUCGCCUGCCCCUUCCGCUGAGAUCCUUCGCCUGCGCGGCCUUGCGCAGCCGUCUCUACCUGCUGGGGGGCACCACCUUGGAGCAGAAUCGGGCUGUGGUGCACUCCGGAGUCCUGAUUUACCACACGAUCACUGGAACCUGGAACCGCGUGGCCCUGGACUCGGGCGCCACCUGCCUUGCUGGCGGAGUGGCAGUUCGGGGUGGGGUCUGCGCGGUCGGUGGGUACAUGCGGGAUGCCACUACGUUUCUGGAUGGCGAUUACACCCAGAUGGAUCCGCUGGACGCCACCGGACGCGUGCUCUUCUUCCGCGAGGGCCGCGGCUCCGGAGGGGAUCGAGACAUCUCCUCGGUGGUUGUGGAGCGGGCCGGCGGCGGGGGCAGCGACCGCGCUCCCAGUCCCGUGGUGUUUCCCGGGCUGCCGCGGCGCAUUGCGGGAGGAGGCGUAGCUCGCUGGAAGCGAAGGAUCUACGUGCUGGGCGGGGAGAACGGCGCCCGCUUCUACGACAGCGUGUACUGCUGGAAGCCUGGCUGGCGCAGCUGGGUGCAGCGGCGCGAAAAGUUACCGGGCAACACCGGGGGUGUCAGUCAGUUUGGCUGCACCACUCUUAAGUUCCCCAAAAAGCACAUCAUGUCCCGGUUGCGGCUGGCGCUGAAGGAUCGCACGUCGGACGAGUAGUCGGUGACGGGACGCGCGGUUGGAAAUGCAGACGUGGGGUUUGGAUGAGACGGAAGUUUUAUUAAUUCUAACCGAUCCCGAAAGAAGUUCCAUGUGUGAAUGAAGAGAGCAGAACGGUGAGGCUGUGACAGCGUGACUCGCAGCGCGGUGUCUGAAUGUAUUAUACGAGCAGUGUUCCUGGUUUACUAGUGUCAGAUGAUCUCCACUUGCAGUUACAUUUUUUGUGCACAAAAAGCAGUGGUGGAAUGUAUGAAAGGGCCUGCAGAUUCCUUUGAGUUUGAUCCAGCUGUGGUUUUUUUUUUUUUUUUGUUCAAAUGAAAAUGUAAAUGUUAUAGGCUCCUUUGAAUGUCGGGAGUAAAUUGAGCUUUAAAAAGUUUGAUUUAAAGACUUUAUAGGUUUUUUGAGGAGUUAUGUAUAGUCUUUUUUUUAAAUGAAUAAUUUAAGAGCUUUCACUGUGUUCAAGAAUAUAUAUUCUUUAAUUAUAGCAACCAGCCUGUUAUGGUCUGCUCAUGUUUUCUAAUGAUUUUAACACCGUUUUACUGCCCAUUAGAAUAGCAAUUACAGUGUUUUAAGGAAUUUAAAGUAGGCAAGGUGUCUAGAGAUAAUUACAAUGUGUUCUAGACAUUACAUGCAAUGUGUAAACAAAAUAAUGGAACUGAAUGUUUUGAAAUACUUCUAUUCCACUUAGUUUCAGGGCUCCUUCUGAUAAUUUUGGCUUAUUGAUAUUCAUUCUGCCUCUCAGUUCAUUUAUACUCCCCAUGGCCCAGUUUGCCUUGUUGGUGUUUCUUUUGCUGUACCCCGACCCCCCCCCCCCCCACAUGCCCACACUCGUUUUCCUUAUUUCAUUUUGGCGCGCACACACUUUUGCGGUGCAUGUUAAAUCCCCAAGGGGCAUUCACUUACAAAGAUUUCCUUGCACCAGGAAACUGAAAAGCCAUGAGAUCUUAGUCCGACUACGUGCUGCACCUGUUCCGUAGCCCUUGUCGCUCUCCCUGGGUGAACAUUUGACAUGGUCAGAAAAGAUGUUAUGUUUUACAAGUUUGUCAUUGGAAUGAAUUUAACGUUAAUAAAUGAAGGACCUAAAGUCAAAGGAAUGAUGCUUUUAUUUCAGAGCAGGUUAGUACAGGUUUUAAAGGAUUGACACCAUUAAAGGUGUGUUUCAAUGUUGCGUAUAGAAUUUUUUUUUUUUUUUUAUGACACUUUAACAUAUGCAGAUUACUAUUGUGUGAAGCAAGUAUUCUGCGACUUUCUGCAUGCGCACUUGUGAGAUUUUUAUUUAUUUAUUUUUUAAAACUUUUGUCCCAGAGCGUGGUAGUUUUAAGUUGAGAGGAAAGUUAGGCAGUUGGUCCCCGAAUUUUCAAACAAAGUUCCUAUGAUACAGUGGGAAGGGUCAGUACUGAUACAGCCAUAAAACCUUUUUUUGUAGUUGUUUUGUUUCACAUCUGACAUGUCUGUCCAAAGUAACUUGUCACUUUUACCACUUAAACUGAUUUGCAGUUUAAUUUUAAGAAUCUAUGUUCACGGGCCCCUUCUGGAUUUAAUUCAGGAAGAUUCAAGCUGAAAUCUGUAGUGGUUGAACCAUUUAGUACAUGACUUCAGACAGAUAUUCCCUCUUGUGAAAAAGACUUUCAUUGGGCACAUCUCUUCAAUGACCUUUUGAAACAAAAAUGAUAUUUUAUCAUGCAGUACAUUUGGAAAGGAGAUUUCUAUGCUUCUGCUGUGUUUUUUGAGUAGCUCUGAGCCAAUAUUUUUACUCAAUGACAAGCGUUAACGUUGUAUUUUAACCUUUUUAGUCUUGGGCAUGUGUGUAUAAUACGUAACCGAGUUGUCGGGCAAUAAGGGUAUUUAGAAGGACUGCAAAGAAAUGCACUUUCCAUAAAGUAUAGGAGUCCACAGUGGUAGCAGUGACAAUGACUGUCCCAUGUCAUUCAGGUGAGCUUCCUGCCAGCAGUACCAGUGUCAACCGCUAGGUGUCAGUAUGGGACAGACAGUGCAUUUGAACUUUGAGAAAUGCUCUUAAUCUUACCCAGUAGCUAGUUCCUCAUUUUCUAAAAUAUGUCAAAAAGAAUGCAGGGCAGUGAGGGCAUAAGAAAUUUCUGGUUACAUAGGCCUGUGGGGGGGAGAUGUUUAUUGUAACGUUUUGCUUGCUUGUCUGUUCUGAUUUCAAAUGUUGCACCUCCACUCUCUUACUGAGUCUCUCAGCUGCACUGGUUUCUCAUACUAGAUAAAGUGUGUAAUGCAGCUGUUCUGUCUCGUGCGUGCGUGCGUGCAUGCAUGCGUGCGCGCGCAACCGUGUACGAGUUAAUGUGUCUGUGCCCAAAUCUCCUAUACCCUGGACAGUGGCGAGGAAGAACACAUUGCACUGAACCUCCACAGAAUUGGAAUAAGAAUAAUUUUGACUAUGUGCAUUAAUUUUUGAAAGAGAUGGGGUUUGUGAUUGCUUGUUUCAUAGUUUUUAUAGUCCUUAAAGUUAAAACUUUGCUUCUGCACAAACACUAAGUACAAUUAAACUUGUGUAUGUAGAGCACUGGUUCACACCUGAAGAACACACUGAUACAGCAGCUGGGUGGGCGAUUUUCUUUGUUCAUUUUGUUUGAUUCUGACAGUUCAUUUUCAGUUGUUCUCGUGUGAAAGGUUCAUGGAACACUUUGAAAGCCAUUUAAUUUUUAUUGAGGCUGAUGGGGUUGAAAAAUGGGCCGCCUCUUUAUUUGGGCCACAUGUCGAGAAAAUGCACGAUGUUUGAGUUUUAUUGUUGACGGCGUUUUAACUCCAUGCGGGCAGUGGCAGGGACCUGCUGACUGGGGUCGUAAACAUGGAUAGAUGAUUUACCCGAUUCUCAUUACACAUUGAAAUGUACUUCUGAACAGCACAUACAGUACAUUCUGUAUAUGGAUCUAGCAGGGCAUUCGUGGCCCUUAACGUGCUGCAUGUCGGUCGGUCACUGGGCGCCGAAGCACUUUUCGGUCUCUUCGCCCACUCCUCAAAGGGCUUUGCAGCCGCUGGGGCGACGCAGCGAUAUCUUCAGUUCGGACCACUGAGCCACUUUGGGCUCCGUUUCACAUGGACGCAUAAAGCUCACAGAAGUUUCAGGAUAUUUGACAGAAAGAAAAACAAAUUCCUCCUCCACAUAUGCCAUAUGUGUGUAUGUAUGUUGUACAUUGUAUGCUGCUGCAGCCGAGUAGAAGUUCCC